AUGGACGAGAGAGAAUACUUUGUGGUGCCAGACAAGAGGUGCCAGGCAAGAAGUGCCAGGCAAGAAGUGCCAGACAAGAGGUGCCAAACAAGAAGUGCCAGGCAAGAGGUGCCAGGCAAGAAGUGCCAGACAAGAGGUGCCAGGCAAGAAGUGCCAGGCAAGAAGUGCCAGGCAAGAGGUGCCAGGCAAGAGGUGCCAGGCAAGAAGUGCCAGGCAAGAAGUGCCAGGCAAGAGGUGCCAGGCAAGAGGUGCCAGGCAAGAGGUGCCAGGCAAGAAGUGCCAGGCAAGAAGUGCCAGGCAAGAGGUGCCAGACAAGAGGUGCCAAACAAGAGGUGCCAAACAAGAAGUGCCAGGCAAGAGGUGCCAGGCAAGAAGUGCCAGGCAAGAGGUGCCAGACAAGAGGUGCCAGGCAAGAGGUGCCAGGCAAGAAGUGCCAGGCAAGAAGUGCCAGGCAAGAGGUGCCAGACAAGAGGUGCCAGACAAGAGGUGCCAAACAAGAAGUGCCAGGCAAGAGGUGCCAGGCAAGAAGUGCCAGGCAAGAGGUGCCAGACAAGAGGUGCCAGACAAGAGGUGCCAGGCAAGAGGUGCCAGACAAGAGGUGCCAGACAAGAGGUGCCAGACAAGAGGUGCCAGACAAGAGGUGCCAGACAAGAGGUGCCAGGCAAGAAGUGCCAGGCAAGAGGUGCCAGACAAGAGGUGCCAGGCAAGAAGUGCCAGGCAAGAGGUGCCAGGCAAGAAGUGCCAGGCAAGAGGUGCCAGACAAGAGGUGCCAGGCAAGAGGUGCCAGGCAAGAAGUGCCAGGCAAGAGGUGCCAGGCAAGAGGUGCCAGGCAAGAAGUGCCAGGCAAGAGGUGCCAGGCAAGAAGUGCCAGGCAAGAGGUGCCAGACAAGAGGUGCCAGGCAAGAGGUGCCAGGCAAGAAGUGCCAGGCAAGAGGUGCCAGACAAGAGGUGCCAGGCAAGAAGUGCCAGGCAAGAGGUGUCAGGCAAGAAGUGCCAGGCAAGAGGUGCCAGACAAGAGGUGCCAGGCAAGAGGUGCCAGGCAAGAGGUGCCAGGCAAGAGGUGCCAGACAAGAGGUGCCAGUCAAGAGGUGCCAGACAAGAAGUGCCAGACAAGAGGUGCCAGGCAAAAGGUGCCAGACAAGAGGUGCCAGACAAGAGGUGCCAGACAAGAGGUGCCAGACAAGAGGUGCCAGACAAGAGGUGCCAGGCAAGAAGUGCCAGACAAGAGGUGCCAGGCAAGAGGUGCCAGUCAAGAGGUGCCAGACAAGAAGUGCCAGGCAAGAGGUGCGAGCAAGAGGUGCCAGGCAAGAGGUGCCAGACAAGAAGUGCCAGACAAGAAGUGCCAGACAAGAGGUGCGAGCAAGAGGUGCCAGACAAGAAGUGCCAGACAAGAAGUGCCAGACAAGAGGUGCCAGGCAAGAGGUGCCAGACAAGAGGUGCCAGACAAGAGGUGCCAGACAAGAGGUGCCAGACAAGAAGUGCCAGACAAGAAGUGCCAGACAAGAGGUGCCAGGCAAGAGGUGCCAGACGGAGCUAUUCAGUGUAGGAUUUGUAAACAAAUUGUAA